AGCGUUGGCUGGAAAGCGAGACGGGCCUCAGUUGUGACGGCCGCGAUGGAUGAAACUCUGCUAGGAUGGAUCUUCUUGAUAGGAGUCAUGAUAUGGCGAAUGCUCCUGAGAUGUCACUGCUCGCAGAGACUUCUUCAUAUGUGCGGACCUGUGGCAUGGAUGUUCCAGUGGUACUAUUUGACCUUUGCCUUCCUCGUUUUGUUGCUGGUCAGAACAUUCUAUGACAUUGUCAAGUACGACUACAUCGGCUUUCAUUUCCUUAGUGACGCUUCUUGGCCAAGCUGGGCUGCUCAAUUGCAGAGACAACUUACUGGGAUAACUCCCCAGAAUUCGGAUUCCAAGGACAAGAUUUACAACCAAAUAGAAAAGAUUUGUGAUGCCAAAUCUCUCUCUGAUGAUGCUUGCGAUGCCCUGAGGAAAGAACUUCGUAUUCCUCCAUGGUUACACAAGUUCUCCCUGGUAGCGCCAGUUUGUGGCCUCCUUGGCUUUGCGAUCCUUAGCAUGCGGCUGGGAUACUUUGUCAAGAAGAAUGCCGACGUGAAGCUAAAAGUGAAGCAGGGAGAACAGGCCUUUCCUGAUGACGACGAAGGCCACGAGGUCCAAGUCGCCACAGAUGGGAUGCCCUGGAAGCUGGCGGAUCGAAUGGAUUGGGUGGUGAUCAUCUUGGGCACACCCUUGAUCUUUAUUGUCAUGUCAAUGCGCUCGUUGAUUCGAAUUUGGACUGUGAUGACUGGAACUGCAUUUCGCGGCGACAGAUCAUGGGAAGAGAUGUCGCGUUUGGAAAUCGCCACCUACCAAAUGGACCUGGAAUUGGCUGUGGGAUUUCAAUUCUAUGCAUGCUUGAUGUUUGGGCUGCUUUGCACCAGCUUUCUCCAACACUCUCGGAUGGUUAGUAUACGAGACACACAGUACUCAGCGAAGCGGUACAUGAGAAUUGUGGCCUACACCGCAGUGCAGGGCGUCUAUGCCUUUGUCUUCAUUGGGGUGCUCCGAACUAUCUUCGACAUAGCAGUGACCUACAUCUCUGAGAUGCCCAAGUAUCACGAGCAGGCACAGAUAAUCCAAGACAAGGUCCUCGGCAAGGUGGCCACAAUCUUCAGCUUCGUUACGCUGCUCUGUAUGCUCAAUAUGUUUCUCAUCAGUCGAGUUCCUGAUAUAGCCAGAGGCCUCAAUGGAGCCAAUCCCAAGUUUACGAGUGUUCGACUCUUGCUGCUCAUCGCGCAGAUUCAGCCCACGGUGCUUCAAGCAAUCACAGUUGGCUCGCCGCUCUAUAAGAACGUGUCGGAAAACGUUGCAAAGUUCCACUUGGAGGACAUGUUCCAGAAGUGGACAUUUACCGAGAAGCAAGCGUUGCUGGCGCACGCUGCAGCGUUGAAUGUUGAAUGUUUGGUCGUGGCGUGCCUCACUUGGCUACUAUGGAGACCAGAUGACAAGCGAGACAAGGAACUAAUGAAGGACCUGGCGGCCGAAGAUAAGGUUGCACAAGCGCGGGAAAUUGAAGAUGCAUACCAGCUGCUUCUUGAUGCCUAGAGCUCCGUAUUCGUAGGUCAUGGGUUUAGUAGUAGAACACAGAUGCUGAUUUUUCAUCUCGUGUCAUGGGAUCCUCUGCCAC